AUGAAGAUAAACCUGCGGCAGCUGAAUGGCACGGUGGAAGAGGUUGAAGUGAACCCAGAUGCCACCGUCCGUGAUUUUAAGCGUCAGUUAAAAGAGUUGCAAGGAUGCGAUGAUAUGACGCGAGAGCUGAUGGUUGUGGAUUUGUUUUACAACCUCGAACAGUUGAAUGAUCAGAAAACACUGGCAGAGGCAGGCAUCAGCGCUGGUGCGGAGGUGCAGAUCCUGUUUGGCACGAUGGCUCCAGUCGAAUGCCCGAACCGGAAAUCUGCUGGAGUUGAAGAGUUGGUGGUUGUAAAGAUCCCAGACUCUGUGACUUGGAUCCAAGAUGGGGCCUUUAGAGGCUGUAAAUCCUUGGUGAAAGUGGACAUCCCAAACUCUGUGACUUCCAUUGGAGACUAUGCGUUCAGUGAUUGCAGCUCAUUAAGACGCUUGACGAUCCCCAGCUCCGUCGCAUUCGUUGGACAUCGUGCCUUCGAAAAUUGCAGCUCGUUGGUAGAGGUGCAAUUUUCCAACCCAGCCGAGAGCUCGAUGACCUCGAUUAAGGCUGGUGCUUUCAAUAACUGCCAGUCCCUGGUCCAAUUCACAAUUCCCAAUUCUGUGACUUCCAUUGGAUGUGGUGCUUUCAGUUGCUGCCACUCCUUGGCCGAAAUGAUCAUCCCCAACUCUGUGGCUCACAUCGGUGACCUUGCCUUCGAGAAUUGCAGCUCAUUGGAACAAGUGACCAUCCCAGAAUCGAUCACUUGUAUUGGCGAAGAUGUCUUUGCUGGCACGAGGAUUUCUACCUCACAAGAGGCAGAGGUGAAUCAGGCUAGUUGUGGCAAGAAGAGUGGGGCGCAAGGGAAAAAGACGUGCUCUUAG